AUGAGUUCUGUGAAUUCUUGUUCAGAUUUGCAUUCAACUAUUAAUGAACAAUCACUUCAUGAUCAAUCAUCUUCAAGUAUGAAUAUUGAUCAUUCAAAUAACAGUAAUUCUUGUUAUAGUUUUGAUUUUGAGCUCUACAAUACUGAAACUUUUAAGCUUGUUCCUUAUGAUAAGUUGAUACAUAAGAAGCCUUUCAAAGGAUUGAUGUUUGAUUCGUUGGACAUUGGUCUUGACUUUUACAAGACUUAUGGUAAAGAAUCUGGUUUUGAUGUGAAUAUGUCAAGUCAAAAAAGAUACAAUGAUGGCACAAUUCGUAUUAGAUAUUCGACAUGUAGUAGAUCUGGUUUCACGGAGUCAUUCAAGAAUGAAAAUAUUAAUGUGAAAUUUUCAGAUGUUAAGGGAAGGAGAACUUCUUCUAAGAAGAACGGAUGCCUUGCUGUUUCAAAGUUCAAGAAUCUCUGA